CUCGGUUGGAGAAGUUAACUUAUACUUAAGAGGUUGUGUGGUGGGGAGAGUGCAACAAAAGAGAAGUGAAGCAGAGACGUGUUGAAAGCGCACAGACAUGGAUUUACCGCGAUUAUUGACGCUGCUGUUAAUUUUCUGCUGCAUUUCAGCCUCAGACGCCACAGGUGGGUCUAAAGCACGUGGGUUCUUCGGGGUUGUGGACCCUGAAAACUCAGGACAAGUUGUCGUGGACCACACAACAUCAGAAACGCUGAAGAGUGGCCUCACCACCGUCUUCCUCCCAAUCGUUUACAUCAUCGUUUUCGUGGUGGGGCUUCCCGCCAACGGCAUGGCGGUCUGGGUGUUUCUGUUCAGGACCAAGAAGAAGCACCCGUCGUCGAUCUACAUGGCCAACCUGGCUCUGGCCGACCUGCUCUUUGUCAUUUGGACGCCGCUGAAGAUCGCCUACCACUUAAACGGCAACGACUGGAUCUACGGAGAGCCGCUGUGCAAAGUCCUGGUGGGCUUCUUCUACGGGAACAUGUACUGCUCCGUCCUGUUCAUCACCUGCCUCAGCGUGCAGAGGUACUGGGUCGUGGCUCACCCUCUGUCCCAGCAGAGGAAGAACAACAAAGUGGCAAUCGGCGUGUGUGUAGCCAUCUGGGUUUUCAUCUGGCUCACCACCACUCCUCUGUACCUGUACGACCACACCGCCAAGCUCAAAGACCCCAACAUAACCACCUGCCACGAUGUCAGCGUCAUACAUGACCUCCAGAACCCGUUCCCCUCCGUCCAGCUGCCAUACUACUACUUCAUCUUCAUGGGAAUGGUCGUGUUCCUCGUCCCCUGCCUAGUGAUCAUCGUGGCCUAUAUUCUGUUGCUCCGCGCUCUGGGGAACAGCAUGGAGGAAAGCACGGCGUCAAAGAACCGACGCAAGGCCGUGAUGCUGAUCGUGACCGUCCUGGUGACGUUCGUCGUGUGUUUCAUCCCCAGUAACAUCAUGCUGGUGGUGCAUUACUCCCUGCUGAAGGACAGCGUGAUAAACAACGGCUACAGCUUCUACAUCACCACGCUGUGCCUGGCCAGUCUCAACAGCUGCCUGGACCCGUUCAUCUACUACUUUGUGUCGGAGGACUUCAGGAACCACGUGAAGAACACUUUGCUGUGCAGGAGCAGCCGGACUGUGGAGAGGAUGAGGGUUUCAUUCAGCUCCAUGAAAUACUCCAGGAGGAGCAAGUCGUACGUGUCAGACACUGGGAACACACAGAGCAGUACCUGUUAGCCAGAUCGUGAUACUGAUGCCGAUAACACGGCGUCAUACAGGCUGUGUGGAACUGGGACACUGUAAUACUGGACAUAAGGCCCAUACAUUAAAACCAAGUAACCUCAAAAGCAUCACGUAACCAAAGAUGAACUUUAAAUGUGAAGCUGGUUGUGCUGGUAUGAGGUUUGGUGCUAAAAUGUGAAACAUUAAUACAUAUUUUCUUUUUUUUUAUUAUGAAUAUUUACAUAUAUAAAUAUGUAUAAAUGAAGAGAAGGCCUGGUAAUCGCUGACACAGGUAAAUGUGCUUUUGACUGACUAGUUUACUGGAUUUAAAGCCAAUGAAAUCCGUAAUAAAAACCGCCACAUGAACCAGAUGUGUGCAGAGGGUUUUGGAGCUUAAGUAAUGCAAGUAUCAGGCGUUAUGAUGUGACUUGUGUUUUGUGUUAAGCUGUACUUAUUAUUCACUGCUGCGUUUUUCCCUUUCUUGCCUAUUCAGCACAUUCCUGCAGCAGGUUUUAAUUUGCCAUUUAAAACCACUUGUACUGACGUGAUUUAUGUUUGAGUUUUGAACUGAUGAAGAAAUUGUUGGUAUUGUUACUUAGUUGUUUUUGUUUUGUUUUUUUAAAUAAAUGAUAAAACAGGA